AUUUUAGGAAUAGAAAGUAAAUGUUUGGUCCAUAAAGGCAAAGGGGGCAACCCAGAUAACAUAAGAAGCGCACUCGCAACAGGGGAGGAAGCAGAGCACUGCAGCCUCAUCAUUUCAAGGCCAACACAAAGCAGAGAAAGCAAAAAAGAAAAAAAGCAAAGAGAGAGAGAGAGAUAAUAAAGAGAAAAAACUGAAGGAAGAAGAAAGGGUUUGUUUGUGUGAAAGAAAGAGAAAGAGAGGAUGCAGAGUGAGAACCAGAACAACCAGUUGGUGGUGCAGAAUUCGGGGAGCCUGAGCUUCAGCAGCCAUUUGUCGAAGGAAGACGAAGAGAUGUCAAGGUCUGCUCUCUCCACCUUCAGAGCCAAGGAGGAAGAGAUUGAAAGGAAGAAGAUGGAGGUCAGAGAAAAGGUUCAGCUUCAGUUAGGUCGAGUCGAAGAAGAAACUAAGCGUCUUGCAACCAUUCGUGAGGAAUAUCAGGAGCUUGAAGCCCUGGCAGAUCCAAUGAGGAAAGAAGUUGCACUUGUUCGAAAAAGAAUUGAUUCCGUAAACAAAGAAUUAAAGCCACUGGGUCAUACCUGCCAGAAGAAGGAGAAAGAAUACAAAGACGCCCUUGAAGCUUUCAAUGAAAAGAACAGGGAAAAAGUACAGCUAAUCACCAAGUUAAUGGAGUUGGUGGGUGAAAGUGAAAGAUUGAGGAUGAAGAAGCUGGAGGAGCUGAGUAAGAACAUAGAUUCGAUGCAAUGAUUUAGCCAAACUGCUAAUGACUCCUGAUUAGCCUUGUGUGGUAUAUUAAAGAUGAUGACAUAGUAUAUUUUUAUAUGUAUGGGUGUUUUGUUUUGUGCUUGUGUAAUUUUGUGGUGUUGAUGUUUGUUUAACUAGCAUUUCAUGGGACAAUCAGCUAAUUUAGGAGGGCUAUAUACCCUACAAACAGCCAGGCUUGUAACUAAAUACUUGCAUUUUGUUGUCAUUUUUUCUCCCCUUCAAUUCACUUUUCUUUGGCUUUGUUCACCUUAAUUUAAUUUAUUGAUGUAAUUUGAAUUUUGUUGCCACGAAGGAUGGUUCCAACAAAGUCCUGGUGUGUUUUGCUUUUA